AUGAUUCUCUCUUGCUCCCUCUUUGUUUUCCUUACACUACUCUUUUUCAUCUUAACAUUUAGAAAAUCAGAUCUACAAAGACACCUUCCUCCAGGCCCACGGAGACUACCAUUCAUCGGCAACCUUCACCAAAUUGGUGAGCUCCCCUAUCUAUCACUUCAACAAUUGUCAAGUCAUCAUGGGCCACUCAUGUUCUUGAAGUUGGGUUCUGUUCCUACUUUGGUGGUCUCCUCGGCCGAGAUAGCCAAAGAGAUCUUCAAGAACCAUGACAUGGCUUUCUCCGGCCGCCCCAAACUUUAUGCCGUGAACCGUUUGGGAUACAACGGUUCAGCUAUGACUUUCACUCCUUACGGUGACUACUGGAAGGAAAUAAAGAAAAUUGUGAUGUUGGAGUUACUGAGUGUAAAGAGGGUUCAAUCUUUUCAAGCUGUGAGGUUUGAAGAGGUUCAAGUUCUCUUCCAUUCCAUAGCACUUUCCUGCGGUAGUCCUGUUAACCUAAGCCACUUGAAGCUUUCUCUUACCAGUAAUAUUGUUUGUCGGAUUGCAUUCGGCAAAAGGUAUUGUUCAAAUUGUGUUGUUUGGACACAUUAA